GCUGGAAUCACGCUGUUACUGUGUACGCGUACCCAACAGUAACAGCAGCCAACCUUCAGUCGUCAGCUUCGCACCUCAAAUGCCCUCGCGCUGCACUCGCCAUGCCUCGGCCCGCGUCGUGAAUGAUGAUUUCCACGCCGACCACCAACAGCUCCUCCCGCCGAGUGCCGCUUGACAAGCGGAAGCGCACCGAGACCAGCUGCGACAAGUGCAAGUCGCGGAAGCAGAAAUGUCGCAAAGAGCCCGGCCAGGAGUCGUGUCGGUACUGUGUCCUCCACAACAUCGACUGCCUCACGACGCAGCCUCGGAAGAAGCGGCUAUAUGGCAGCGUGGAGGGGCUGGGAAACCGACUGGCGUUGCUGGAGGCGCUGGUCAAGGGCCUGCUGCCGGAAGCAGAUGUCUCGAACAUGGACAAGAUGCGACAAUUGGGGAGUUCACUGGGCAUCCCAUUGCCAGACUCGGCAGGUGGAGGUGAUGCAAAUGGGGAUCACAGCCAGAGUAGCAGCGGGAACGAGGCCGAGGAGCACCUUCCUCUACUACCAGACCAGCAAGGCCAGGUACAAUACAUUGGGCCCGCGAGCUCCUUCUCGUUUCAUCUCAAGCUCACCACGCUCGUCGGGCGGGGGGCCAUCCGCGAAUUCGUGCUUUUUGGCCGCAAUGCAGCUGACCAGGAGCCAUUGGAUGGCGAUGCUGAUCCCCAUGCUCUCUCCACGCCCAGCGCGACGUCCAACAUUGACCAUAAUUCGCCCGCCGACCAGCGCGCUCCGAAUGGCGAGGCACCGAGCCUGGAGUCCUUGAUUACUGCCUACUUCCACCACAUCAACCCCGACUUUCCGGUGCUUCACGAGGCGCCCUUCCGAGAGGCAUACGAAGCCUGGCUGCUGGCUCCAGCUGAGGCCGACCCAGCAUGGCUCUGUAGUUUCCUGUGUGUGCUUCUGCUCUCUCGCCGUGUCGCCCGCAUCACCUUCCAAGAAGAGCAGGAGCGGCUGUGGUGGCGCCGCGUGCAGACGCUGCUUCCUGUUGUGAUAUUUACCUCGAGUGUCGCUGCCGUGCAGGCGCUGAUGCUUGCCGCGAUUCAUCUCCACAACACCAACCAUCGUGACGCGUGCUGGAACCUGACUGGGACUGCGGUUCGCAUCGCAUUCGCUAUAGGGCUGCACCAAGACAAGGUCAACACAAUGCAGACUUCACUGACGCGAGAAUUGAGGAAGCGGUUGUGGUGGACCCUCUACGCGUUCGAGCAGAUGCAAGUGUCUUCCUACGACCGUCCAAGUGCUAUCGAGUAUCCUGGCUCUAGGAUUGGAUGUCCAAAUGAGCGCAUCAUUGGCAUGGCAGGAUACUGUCCUCCCGACUACACAAAUUGGUUUAAUCGUCUUGUCGUGCAUCUUGGCUCCGCCUGCCGUGCACCGAAGAACACAAAAGCAAGCGCUAGCGAGGAGUCAUAUGUCGGACCACUUUCCCCCGCAGCUGGAGUACUCCGAGAUCUAGACCGGUGGAAAGAGAGCCUUCCUACCCAUCUUCGAGUCGAGAGUGCCGACGCUUCGUCGCCUGCAUUUCAGCGUCCGCUCCUUUUGCUCCAUGGCAUGUAUCAUUACACAGUCGUGGUGCUCUGUCGCGCUGCACUCCUGGCCCGGGCGACGUCGCUAUCCAAAGAGGGGAAAGAUUCAAACAACACUGCGCUGACUGGAAUGUCCGACGUAUGUGUCGCAUCCGGUCGCUCGCUGGCCAAUGUUAUAUUGAAGCUGGAGGCCAAAGGGAGAUUCGAUGCUAUCACGUGGUGGGAUAUCUGGUAUGGACUAACAUGUGCCUCAGUCCUUGUGCUGGACCUGGUAUGCACAACUAAGCAAGAGCGCAAUGACCUCUCUGAGUCUCGAAUACUACUUUCACAGCUCGCGGAACUAGCGACGAGACAUCUACGUAAUCCGCAUAUGCCUGGCACGAUCGAGAAAUGGGCUUCACUAAUCGUGGAGCUUCACUCCAUGGCAGAUACAAUGAACACGAUAUCACCCCCUUCAAAAGUUGAAACUCAGGCGGAGCCCAGAAUAGACCCGGCGCCUCCACACCAACCGCCUCAGACACAUCAGGAAGUGUCAUAUCCAUUCCAGUCUACAACAAACAGUGGAGCGUAUAUGUUCGGGGGAGAAGCUGUUGCUGGUAGGUACUUCCCAGAGUCCGAAUUUACGGGCUCGUUUCCGGGUCCUCGGUUCGACAGGGGCACCCAAAUGUCAUUUAUGGAUUUCACGAUAAACAAUAUCCAGGAUUGGAACUGGGGCGAUCUGGGGAGUUUGUUGGGAAACGAGGGAACAGGUCAUGCAGGGUGUUGAGGUGUUCGUAAAUUAUUAAAAAAAUUUUUUUUUUUUUGGCUGAAAUCAACUCCUAGGUGUCGGGAAUUGGGAGGACACCUACUUGCGUGGAAUUAUUACUAUUUGAGGUUCAGUGCCUCACCGCGUUUCAGCCCAUGACUUUGUCAUGUUCUUCACCCUUUCCGAAUCACGCCUUUGUUGCAUCCCUAUUUGACGCCAUGGUCCGCAUACAUCCCGUCCUUCCUCAAGCUGGGGAGCGACAGGUAGUCUAUACCGAACAUCAGCCUGUCAAUACUUAUAGCACCUGCCGCUCCUUUCAAAGGAAUAUUGUCGAAGAAGAUGC